GGGAAGUGUCUGCCGUGAACAUUUCAUGAUAAAACAUCGAAUAAAACACUAAUUAAAGCCGGCGAACGGCAUUUCAAUUUAAAGAACAGUAGUUCAAUACUUGUAGAUCAUGCCUGGGUAUCUAAAAUAUAUCGAUGUAGAGAAUUUCAAGUCUUACAAGGGGAAGCAAAGGAUCGGACCAUUCAAAAAAUUCAGCGCCAUCAUUGGUCCAAAUGGAUCGGGAAAAUCCAACUUGAUGGAUGCCAUCAGUUUCGUCUUGGGAGAGAAAACUUCCAAUUUGAGGGUGAAAAGAUUGAGUGACCUGAUCCAUGGUGCCCCGAUCGGGCGACCAGCAGCGACUAGGGCACAUGUGACAGCUGUGUAUGGUGAUGACGACGGCAGCGAGACCAACUUCACACGUGUCAUCCACGGCUCGGCGUCUGAUUACAAAAUUAAUGGAAAGACUGUGAGUGUGAGCGACUAUGCCGCCGCCCUUGAGAAGAUCGGUAUCCUCAUGAAGUCGAAGAACUUUCUGGUGUUCCAGGGUGCGGUGGAGAGCAUCGCGAUGAAGAAUGCCAAGGAGAGGACCCAUAUGUUUGAAGAGAUGAGCAGGUCGGGUGAAUUGAAGGAUGAAUAUGAUAAAGCCAAGGUUGAGAUGUUAAAGGCGGAAGAGGACACUCAGUACAACUACCACAAGAAAAGGGGCAUCGCUGCCGAGCGUAAGGAGGCCAAGAUGGAAAAAGAUGAGGCAGAGAAAUACACAAAGUUGAAGGAACAACUUCAUGAGAAGCUAAUCGAGCUUCAGUUGUUCAAACUCUUCCACAACGAACGUGAGAUGGAUGAAUUGGGUGAUGAGUUGCACCGCGUUCAGGGCACGCUCGAGAAGGAAGAGAGGAAGAGGGAGAAGAUCGAGGGAGAGGUCAAGGCAGUGAAGAAAGAACAGGGAACCCUGCAGAGAGAUCUGGCCAAGAUUGAACAGAACAUCAAAGAAUCGGAAGGUGAGCUUAACAAGAAGCGCCCUCUUUAUAUCAAAGCAAAAGAGAAGACGUCUCAUAUGCUGAAAAAACUGGAAGCGGCCAAGAAGUCGCUGAAAGCAUCUCGGAAAAACUAUGAGACUCAUGAGCAGGAGAUCCACGAACUUGAGAAGGAAUUGAAGGACGUCGAUAAUCGUCGCCUUGACUAUGAGGAGCGUAUAGAAGAAGAAUCGCAGUCACAGGGCAGGGAUCUCAACUUGGAGGAUUCACAGGUGCGAGAAUACCAUCGCCUGAAAGAAGAGGCGGGCAAGCGUGCUGCUCGAUACCUCCAAGAACUCGACUCGAUCAACCGAGAACAGAAGUCGGACCAGGACCAUCUCGAUAACGAGGUGCGCAAGAAGAAUGAGAUCAGCGCCAAGAUUAAACAGAAGGAACAUGAGAUGGAGGAGAAUAAGAAACGUCUGGAUAAACUCAACGAUUAUAUCAGAACAAGUACAGUCGCUGUUGAGGAACAGAAAAAGAUUGAGGGCGAACUUAGUCGAGAUGUUGACACGGCUAACUACCGAAUCUCUGAGAUCAACAAGGAGCUGGAUAAUGUUGUCGAGGUGCUCGGCGAGGCAAAGGUGGACCGUCAUGAGAAUCAUCGUGCGGUGAAGAAGGCCGAGUUGAUUGACAACCUGAAGAGGCUCUUCCCUGGUGUGCAUGGUCGUCUGAUUGACCUCUGCGAGCCAAGCCACAAGAAAUACCAAAUCGCCAUCACCAAGGUGCUCGGAAAAUACAUGGACGCCAUCGCGUGCGACUCUGAGAAGACCGCCAAGGAUUGUAUCCAGUACAUGAAGGAGCAGCGCAUUGAGCCAGAGACAUUCCUGCCGCUGGAUUACCUGGAAGUGAGAGGAGUUAAUGAGAAAUUGAGGGAAAUCCGUGAGCCCAAGAAUGUCAAAUUGGUCGUCGAUGUGAUCCGCUACGACCCGCCCGUCAUCAAGAAGGCGCUACUGUUUGCCUGUGGGAACGCUCUGGUGUGUGACACGGUGCCAGACGCCAGCACGGUCGCUUUCUCCAUGAAGGAAAGACACAAGGCGGUGGCCUUGGAUGGUACACUUUUCCAGAAGUCAGGUGUCAUUUCUGGUGGCGCAAGCGAUUUGAAAGCGAAGGCACGACGAUGGGAUGAGAAACAACUGAAUAAUAUGAAACACAAGAAAGAGAAACUCACCGAGGAGCUCAAGGAACAGAUGAAGAAGAAGAGGAAAGAAUCGGAGCUGGCCACGAUCCGGUCCCAAAUCAAGGGCCUGGAGACGAGGUUGAAAUACUCCAUCACGGAUCGCGACAACACAGAGAAAAAAGCCAUGGCGAAUAACGAGGUGGACUUAGACAGGUUGAAACAAUCGCUGGUUGAGUUUGAUCCUCGUAUCAAAGAGAUUGAGACGGAGAUGUCUAAACGUGGAGAGGAUAUUUUACAAGUGAAAAACAAAAUGAAUACUGUUGAGGAUGAUGUUUUCGUGCGUUUUUGUAGCCAGAUUGGCGUGGAGAAUAUUCGGCAGUACGAGGAACGCGAACUGCGGGUCCAGCAGGAGCGUGCCAAAAAGCGAUUGGAGUUUGAAAAUCAGAAGUCUCGGUUGAUGAAUCAGCUGGAGUAUGAGAAGUCAAGGGAUACGAAAGCGAAUGUUAAGAAGUGGGAGAAGACAGUUCAAGAAGAUGAGAAGGAGUUGGAGAAGCUUAGGCAAGAUGAGCAGAAACAGAUGAAGGUUAUUGAUGAGGAGAUGCAGACACAAGAAAAUCUCAAACAGAGGAAGAUUUCGGUGAAGUCGGCGGUCGAGGACAAGGAGGGUGAAGUGGUCGACAUCAGGAAACGGGCGUCUGCUCAUAACAAACAGAUCUCGCACAUACAGAAACAGAUCAACUCGAUGGAGACGAAACUGGAGCAGAAGAAAGCGGACAGACACAGCAUGCUCAAGACUUGUAAGAUGGAUGGGUACUUUCUCCCAAUGAAGCAAGGCACCAUGGAUGACAUCACGCAGGAAGGCGAGGCAUCUAGUCAGAAAGAUACGGAUGAACCGGAGACAUCCAGCAGUCAGGGUGCGAAGGCCAUCUAUGAGAAGGAGGCGAAUAUCAUGCUGGAUUAUAGGUCCCUGGAUGAGGAACUCACUGAGUUGGAUACAUCUGACGAGGUGAAGAAGAUGUUGGACCGGAUGAACAAAAACAUCGCCGAGAUGCAGAAUACGUUACACCGUAUCAAUGCACCAAAUAUGAAGGCCAUGGAGAAAUUAGACGGUGUCAAGGAGCGAUUCCAAGAGACGUCGGAAGAAUUUGAAAUGGCCCGUCGUCGAGCUAAGAGAGCCAAGCAGGCAUUUGAACGGGUGCGCAAAGAACGAUAUGACAGAUUCAAUCACUGCUUCGAUCACGUUGCGAACAAGAUUGACGAAGUUUACAAGGCGUUGGCAAAGAAUCAGAGCGCCCAGGCUUUUCUUGGCCCAGAGAAUCCCGAGGAGCCGUAUCUCGAUGGUGUCAACUACAACUGUGUCGCCCCUGGCAAGCGAUUCAGACCCAUGGACAACUUGUCUGGUGGAGAGAAGACAGUCGCUGCUCUAGCGUUACUCUUUGCCAUUCAUAGCUACCAGCCGGCUCCAUUCUUCGUAUUGGAUGAGAUUGACGCUGCCUUGGACAACACAAACAUUAGUAAGGUAGCGGCUUUCAUCCAAGAACAAUCUGAGAUCAACUUCCAGUGCAUUGUGAUCUCGCUGAAAGAGGAGUUUUACAACCACGCUGAUGCCCUCAUUGGAAUCUACCCGGAACAGGGCGACUGUAUCAUCAGUAAGGUUCUCACGCUGGACCUGACCGAGUACCCAGAGGCUGAGCAUGAGCAGGAUCAGGUUGAUGGGCAUAAUGUCCAUCGCUAGGUUCUGUCUGAGUACCAAGGUGCAUCACUAGGUUCUGACCGAGUACCCAGGUGCAUCACUGAGUUCUAACCGAGUACCAAGGUGCAUCACUAGGUUCUGACCGAGUACCCAGGUGCAUCACUAAGUUCUAACCGAGUACCUAGGUGCAUCACUUGGUUCUGACUGAGUACCCAGGUGCAUCACUAAGUUCUAACCGAGUACCUAGGUGCAUCACUAGGUUCUGACCGAGUACCCAGGUGCAUCACUAAGUUCUAACCGAGUACCUAGGUGCAUCACUUGGUUCUGACUGAGUACCUAGGUGCAUCACUUGGUUCUGACUGAGUACCUAGGUGCAUCACUUGGUUCUGACCCAAUACCCAUCACUGGGUUAUGACUGAGUACCCAGUAGCUGAGGGCGACAAUGUCGAUGGGCAUAAUAUGCAUCGCUAAGUUCUGUUUGUUGAUGGGAACAGUUUACACUGCCAUAACUUGGUUGAAUAAAGUCAUCGAUCGUCUGUGUAUGUAUAUAUGUUAAUCAUGUUCAUUUCAUUAUCUCGUAGUUAAUUAAUCACUCCGUUAGUAGUGAAGAGUUGACCUUGUUUCUGGUUUUAUUGUGUCUCUAAGUCUUCAAAUCAUCACAACAAAAUAGGAGAGGGGGGCAUAAUUGGCUUUAUACAUGUACAUCGUAGAUUAAGUUGAUGUCUCUGAAUGUUGUACUGAUAUUGUGGUAAAUGCAAUAAAAAAUU